UUAUUUUAAAUAAUAAAUUAAAAAUUAUAGAAAUUUUAAUUAUUAAUCUAUAAAGAUUACCAAAAGUUUUUGUCGCAAAAAUGGAUACUGAUAAUUCUUCAUUUCAAAUGACAGAUUUCAAAGUUGAAAAUAAUAAACAGGAUUGCCAAGUUGAUGACCAACAAUAUGAUAUUUGUCCAGAGUAUCCAAUCGAUGUUGAGGAAAUAAAAUUAGAAAAACCUCAUAGCAGUUCACCGAUUUCCGAUCAAAAUAUUGAGGUCAUUCCCGCUGAUAAAGAUCAAAAUAAAGGAAAGACAAGCUCAAAAAAUCGUAGCAAAGCUCCUCUUAAUAAAAAUUGUCAAUACCGAAAAACCUCAAUUGCAAUACCAAGAAAGAGUCUUGCAGUAAUUAAUAAUCAAAAAUCCAAGCUGUUUACUUGCCAAUUUUGCAGUAGGAAUUUCCUAUUAAAGAAAAGUUUGGACAAACACGUGACGAUUCACACAGAAGAAAAUAUUCAUUCUUGUAUCAUCUGUUUGCGUGAGUUCACUCACUUGGAUGCUCUCCGUCAUCAUAUGUUGAGUCACACAGAAGAAAAAAAUCCCGCUAGAAAACUCUUCAUAUUCAUUUGUGAUGUUUGCUCCAGAAAAUUCCAAUCUUUUCAUCAUUUAAAUCGACACAUGAUGGGACACUUGGAAGAAAAACCUCUGGUUUGUGAUAUUUGUAAAGCGAGGUUCAAGUUUAAGAGUCAAUUAAAAAGUCAUUUAGCAACGCAAGCUGAAAGACAACCUCUCAAAUGUCUAGUGUGUUCUCAAGUUUUUUGCUUGUUACGUCAACUUAAUAAACAUGUCAGAGUUCACACGCGAAUAUAGUCGAAAUUUUAUAGAAAAAUUCCAGAAGCUUAUUAAUAAUAAAUAAUAAUUUAUAUUUUAUUAUAAGAAAAG